AUGUCAAAAGAAAAAGUUUAUGGUGUAGACACAUCAGAACGUAAUACACGUCUAUUACGUGUCAAAGUCUUGCGUGCGAUUGAUCUACAAAGACGAGACUUUCUUGGAGGUACUGGUGAUCCAUAUGUUAAGAUAACACUUCAAAUAGUAGAAAAUCGUAAUUCUGUAAUUGAUUUUGCACGGACACACACAGUACCAAAAACACUCAAUCCAGUAUGGAAUCAAGAUUUUAUUUUUCGAGUUGAUCCAACUAAACAUCGGCUUGUAUUUGAAAUAUUUGAUCAUAAUGAACUUACUAAAGAUGAAUUUCUUGGUAUGUUUUCUGUUGAUUUGCAUGCUAAUAUUCCAUACGAAUCAGCUGAACGCCUAUUUCCAAUAAAAGAUUAUUCCUUAUUGAAACGCAGUGUUCUUCAACAUGUUCGUGGUACAGCAUCAAUUGGAUUAGCUUACAUAAACACGAAUACACCAUCUACAACAACAGAAUCAACUGAAGAAGAAGAAGACGCUCAACAAAAUGACUUUGACUUUAAAAUCAUUACUCAUCGUGAUAUAUCUGAAUCUCUGACAUCAUCAACUACACAACUCUUACCACCUGGAUGGGAAGAACGACAAGAUGCUCUUGGUCGAAAUUAUUAUGUUGAUCAUAAUACUCGUACAACAACUUGGACUCGUCCAAAUGGACAAGCUAAUCCUACUUCACAACGAGUUCAACCACAACUUAGUGAUCGUCAUCAAAUUGAUGAUGUUGAUUCAAAUAAUACUGAAACAACUAUAAUAACUUCACGCGAUACCGACGUAGCAGCAACUACUACGGGAACGGCAGUUACCACUGAUGUCAGUACAGUAUAUGCACUCGGUCCAUUAGCACCCAAUUGGCAAAUGUCUACAGCAGAUAAUGGGCGUGUAGUUUUUAUUGAUCAUGUAAAUAAACAAACAACAUGGAUUGAUCCCAGAACUGGUAAACCAACUCUACUACCAGAUGUACAGAAAGAACUUAGCCAAAAUGAACCAUUACCUGCAAAUUGGGAAAUUCGAACAUUAACUGAUGGUCGUGUUUAUUAUAUUGAUCAUUCAAGUAAAACAACAACUUGGACUGAUCCACGCAUAGCAGGACUGGCUGUCCCAUAUUCACGUGAUUAUGAAGCUAAAUAUCGUUUAUUUCGUCAUAACUUAUCACGGCCUAGAACAAAUGCCGGUAAUCAAAUUGACGUACAUGUCAAUAGAAAAGACAUUAUGGAAACAUCAUUUCGAACCAUUAUGAGUGUUAGAGAUGCAGAAGUAUUAAAAACACGACUAUGGAUUAUAUUUGAUGGUGAACGCGGUUCAGAUUAUGGUGGUGUAAGUCGGGAAUGGUUUUUGUUGCUUUCACGUGAAAUAUUCAAUCCCUAUUAUGGCUUAUUCGAAUACAGUACGAUCGAUAAUUAUACUCUUCAAAUAAAUCCAUUGUCUGGUAUAUUUAAUGAAGAACAUAUAAAAUAUUUUCGUUUUAUUGGACGCAUUAUUGGAAUGGCUAUUUAUCAUGGAAAAUUACUUGAAGCAUUUUUUAUUCGUCCUUUCUAUAAAAUGUUACUUUCAAAAUCAAUUACACUUACUGAUAUGGAAUCAGUUGAUCGCGAAUAUUAUCAAUCGUUAAAAUAUAUUCUGGAUAAUGAUCCAGCAGAAUUAGAUCUUUAUUUUGUUGUUAGUGAAGAAGUAUUUGGUGAAUUACGCGAACAUGAACUGAAACCUGAUGGUCAAAAUAUACAACUCACGGAACAAAACAAACAAGAAUACAUUGAGUUGGUCAUUAAAUAUCGGUUCAUACAAAGAAUAGUUACACAGAUGAAUGCAAUAAAACAAGGUUUUCAAGAUAUACUGCCACUUGAUAGUAUUAAAAUAUUUGAUGAAAAAGAAGUUGAACUUUUAAUUAGUGGCCUCGGAGAAAUAAAUGUUAAUGAUUGGCGAACAUAUGCAAUGUAUAAAGGUGGUUACACACCAGAAAAUGCAGUUAUUCAAUGGUUUUGGAAGGCUAUUGGAUCUUUCAAUACAGAAGAACGUACCCGUUUCCUUCAAUUUGUAACUGGUACAUCUCGACUGCCAAUGAAUGGCUUCCGUGAAUUGUGGGGUUCUUCUGGUCCACAAUUAUUUACUAUUGAAAAAUGGGGCGAUCGAACAAAAUUACCACGUGCACAUACAUGCUUUAACCGUCUUGAUUUACCACCUUAUGAAAAUUAUCAAGAAUUACGACAAAAAUUAGUUCAAGCAAUGGAGAUGAGUGAAGCAUUUGAAGAUCAUUUAUCAGUUUUCAUGGAUAUGAAUUGGAUAUCUUUCUUCGGUUGGAUAUUGUUGCCACAAGUUGGUGGUGUUCUAGGUGGAGUUGUGGCAGCGAAACAAAUUAAAACUUGGUAUGAUAAACUUUUAAAACCAGCAUGGCAUCCACCCAAUGCAAUAUUCGGUCCCGUUUGGACAAUACUCUAUCUUUUUAUGGGUAUUGCUUCCUAUUUGAUUGCCCGUGAUGGUCAAGGACCAUUCAGAACGCUUGCAUUAACGUUUUAUUUCAUACAAUUAUUUUUAAAUUGGUCAUGGACAUCAAUUGUUUUUGUUUUUCAUCAAUUAGGAGCUGCACUUGUUAUUUUACUCAUUUUAUUUAUAAACAUCUUUAUUUGUGUAUUACAAUUUUGGCAAAUCAAUUCCUAUGCUAGUAUGCUGUUAGUUCCAUAUCUUAUUUGGGUUGGUUUUGCGUCUGCAUUAGCCAUGUCAAUAUGGCAACUCAACUCACCUUAUGCUCAGUCGCCACCCCGUCGUCAACGACCAGCACCAGAUCCAUAUCAACAAUAA